UAAUUUAUGUUAUUAUUCAGAAAAUAAAACUUCAGUUUCACGAGAAAUGGGAUUUGUUCACUUCACUUCAUGUUCGUGAGAUCUUGUUUUUUGAUCUUUCUCUCUCUUCUUCCAAGCUCUGUCCUAAACUGACACUACACUGGAGAAAGAGAGAGAGAGAAAGGGAGAGAGAGAGUGAAAGAUCAACUACCACACUACAGUUACUUAGUUUGUUGAAAAAUCUGAAGGCAAACAAAUCACAUUAUUUUUGCUUUACUUAAAGUUGAGGUGAGGAGGAAGCAGAGAGCUUCUUCAUCAACCUUUUGUGGGCAUUAUUGAUGAACUGUGUCUCGAAAACACAUUUCAUGAAGAUUUACUAUAAGGGUAUUAAAGAUGGAAUCUUUGCAACCCCAACCCCAACCCCAACCCCAGCCCCAGCCCCAGCCCCAGCCCCAACCCCAACCCCAAGCCCAUGUUGUUGUUGAUGUUGUAGAUAAUGAGGAGCACAGGUGUUCAUCUUCUCCUUGUUCCAGUAAGUCUGGUAGUAGUACUGAGAUUAAAGAGAGAAGAUCCUCUGUGUCAGAGGUGGAUCUAGAAUGUGGUGUAGUGAGUGAGAGUAAACUACACUUGGCAAAAGUUGAGAGGGAUUGUAGGAUUUGUCAUCUGAGCAUGGAUGCAUCUAAUCAAGAAUCGGGCCUUCCAAUUGAGUUGGGUUGUUCAUGCAAGGAUGAUUUGGCUGCUGCUCAUAAACACUGUGCAGAAGCUUGGUUCAAGAUUAAAGGAAACAAAACCUGUGAGAUCUGUGGAUCAACAGCACGCAACGUUGCUGGUGCAAAUGAAGCUGACUUAGUGGAGCAGUGGAAUGAUUCAAGUGAUGCUACACCAGCAGCAACUGCACAUGUACACCAAGCUGACACACGAAACUUCUGGCAGGGCCACCGGUUCCUGAAUUUCCUGCUAGCUUGUAUGGUCUUCGCCUUCGUAAUCUCUUGGCUGUUUCAUUUCAACAUACCCUCAUCAUGAAAUCCUGUAGCAAAGAGACAGGUACCAUCCUCAGUACCAAUUGUCUCUACAUUCGCCGCCGAGUUAUUUUAUUUCCUAUCCUCAUGCUGUUCAUAUCGCUGUCAAGUUUGAACAGACUCUUGUAUUACUUAUGAUCUUAUUGUUCUUAUUUUAUGUGGGCCAAAAUAGUAUCAAUGAGCUAUUGUAUUUUGCUUGCUUUGCAUCACUGGUAUCAUGAUGUAGUCUUCUCUAUCUUCUUCAAAUUUUUGUUCUUACGUUUGAUGAUGUGAAUCAAUGGCCAGUUCCCA